AUGACAACUACAUAUCUCCAGCGUUUGAAAGCUAGAUCUCAAAACAAUGUGGCCGCGUUGAGAGAUUCUCCUUUGGCGGAGAUAUCAGGUGCCUUUGGUGAUCUAGGAACUCUAUUACCAUUGAUGAUUGCUCUGGCGAUUAAUAAUUCAAUAUCUCUCUCAACAACUCUAUUUUUUUCGGGACUAUGGAAUAUAUUGACCGGUAUUGCUUUUGGUAUACCUCUACCAGUACAGCCCAUGAAGGCUAUUGCUGCUGUAGCCAUCUCAAGGAACUUUUCGAUUGAAGAAACGAUCUCUGCUGGUUACACUGUAGCCGGCGUGGUGUUGAUCUUAAGCGCUACAGGACUUCUUCGAUGGUUCACACGUAUGAUGCCUACACCUGUCGUCAAAGGUAUUCAAGUCGGAGCCGGCCUGUCUCUGAUCCUAUCCGCUGGCUCAAGUCUUCUUCAACCUUUGGGUUGGACGACUCCAAAUGCUGCCGACAAUCUGAUUUGGGCACUUUUCGCCUUCAUCGCUCUGCUAAUUACGCAAAGGCUUCCAAAGUUACCAUAUGCUCUAGCUAUUUUCGUGCUUGGACUUGUGUUGUCAUUGUAUACCACGGGCUUUAGCUACCUGCCUUCAUUUAGAUUAUGGCACCCUCAAAUUUAUGUUCCAUCCGCAACUUCGUUCAAAGUCGGGGCGCUCGACGCUGGUCUAGGACAAAUUCCCCUGACGACCUUGAACUCCAUUAUUGCUGUCAAUUUUCUGGCAUCUGAUCUCUUACCAAACAUUCCUGCCCCAGGCGUUACUUCGAUUGGUGUCAGUAUCGCACUAAUGAAUCUGAUUGGUGGCUGGUUUGGUGCUAUGCCUGUUUGUCAUGGUUCAGGAGGACUCGCUGCGCAGUAUAGAUUCGGAGCCAGAAGUGGUGCAAGUAUAAUCAUCCUUGGUGCCUUGAAAAUGAUCUUGGGAUUGUUUUUCGGUGAGACACUUGUGGGUCUACUAAGACAUUACCCGAAGAGUUUGCUUGGAAUCAUGGUCGUAGCAGCUGGUCUAGAAUUGGCAAAGGUAGGAGAAAGUCUUAAUUACGGAGCUCGAGACUUGUGGGAUAUAUCGGAAUCGAGUGUUGUAUCAGAUUCAGCUCAACCACACACAAUUAAACGUCAUAGGCAACUUUCAGACGAGGAAAGGAAGGAAAGAUGGACAGUAAUGUUCAUGACCAUUGGGUUUCUGCUCGCAUUCAAGAAUGACGGGGUGGGGUUUUUGGCUGGUAUGUUGUGUCAUGGUUUCAAUCAAUCUUCUAGGUUGCGGAAUGCUUGGGAAGGGUGGAGAACGAGAUACAGUGAGAGAAAGACUAGGAGUGCUGCGAAUAGUCCCGGAGAUGAAGAUGAACAACAGUUGCUCUCCAAUGCUUAA